AUGGAUACAAGCCUAGUUUCAAUAUUGCCUGGUCUCACCAGCUCUCUGGAAUCAGCCAUUCCCGCGCUGCCCACAACCGAUUCGAUUCUCCCUCCGGCAAACGGCAUCACCCUUCUGGACGCAAAGAACGAGCUGUUCCUCUCAUAUCUGCAAACUCUGGCUCUGCGCAACCUGGCCGUCAUUCGUAGCGCCAAAGAUGGAAAGAAUGUCGCUGCCGACUUUGACAACCAACUCGUGAGAGAUCUGGUCAAGCACCGCGUCUUCCUCGAGAAGGGUGUGCGCCCACUGGAAGACAGACUCAAGUACCAAAUCGACAAGGUCGUCCGCGCCGCCGAAGACGAAGCCCGUGGAGUCGUUCAAAAAGCCGCCGUCGCCAAACAAUCCGCCGCCAAUAGCAAAGCCGACGCUGAAGACGACGAAAACUCCUCGGACGAAGACGCCUCAGAUUCGGCCUCUGAAGCGGACUCUGACGAUGGUCUCGCCUUCCGUCCCAAUCCCAGCGCCCUUACCCGCCCUUCGGAAGCAAACGACACCGCAGCAUCCUCCAGACACCAAGACGCCUCCACCGACGGCAUCUACAGACCCCCUCGCAUAAACGCAACGACCAUGCCCGCACCGCCUUCGCCUCGCCGCGAAAAGGGCGACCGCAAAGCCAUGCGCAGCAACACAAUCGACGAAUUCGUCGCCGACGAACUCAGCGGUGCCCCUACAGCCCAACCCUCCAUCGGAAGCACCAUCACUGCAGGCGGCCGCCGUGACAAGUCUGCCCGUGAACGCAAAGCAGAAGCCGAACGUACCGCAUACGAAGAAAGUAAUCUGGUGCGUCUACCUGCAUUGGGCAAAAAGGAAAAGGCAAAGCAAAACGGAAACAAGCGUGGUGGCUUUGGUGGUGAAGAGUGGGAUUUGUUGGGUCAGGGUAUUGGACGAAUUGAUAGGUUGACCAAGAAGGGUGAGAGGACUGGUGCCGGUGGCGUGGGUGGUGCGUUGGAGAGGAGUAGAAAGAGAAAGAAUGAUGAUGAUGGCGGUAGAGGUGGUGCUGGCGGUGAUAUCGGUAGAGAGUUUGAGCGCAGGAAGAAGAGAGCUAUGCGUAGAAACUAG